UCCAGUUGAUCUAAGCAUUUCUUGCUGGUUUCGCUGAUAAUCGAUCGAUGCUGUUUCCCCUGAAGUUGUGAAGUUCUCCAUGAAGCUUUGUUGUACUUCUCUUUCACCCAUCAACACUAAUUUGGUCAGUGCUGUCGUAAUAGGCUGCGUAUACGCGGCAUAUAAUCUAACCACGAUAUUACUGAGAUUGCCACGUGGUACAUACGGCUAUCGAAGUAGGCAAAUAUGGGGAACACGACUUAACUUCACGGAUGCAUUCGCGCGCUAUAGUCAAGAUCAACAUAUCGGUCCACCGCUAUGCGACUCGGCAUCCUGGUAAAAUCAGCUCCGCUGUUAUUGUGUCCCUGAGCCUUUGUCAUAAUGCUUGUCUCCGAUACUCUAAAUUGACGCAUCACUCUCAAAAGUCAAAACCAUCUAGCGACCUUCAAACCACCGAAAUAAUUAUCAUUCCGAAACUUCAGGCUUCAACUUAUCAUAUAGAAGGGUAGCUGGCAAGGACAACUGAUCCUUAACAAAGUUUAUGAUUAAAGCGCACUGCUCUGCGAGCACCAAAGACCUUUAGCCUUUGCAGGCUUCCAGUGCCGCGCUUACGUACAUCAUCUCACUCCAGCAAAAGAAACUCUUCGCGCAUCAGAUCCCGCCACCUCGCUCAACUCACCCCAAAAACCCCUCCUUCCAGCUCAUCCCCUCACCCACGCGCUCGAAAUACUCCAGCUCAAUUUCCUUCUCCCAAGUUGGUCGACUCUUCGCCCAUAGCUCGUCGUAAAACUCCUCUUUCAACUGCACAUUCUCGAACCACUCGCGAGUCGCGUCCCAGACUUCCACCAUGCGGAAACGUCCUGGUGUGGCGGUGUCAUGAAAUACUUCAAAAUAGAGACAUUUCGGGUUCGUAGCGAGGUGUGCCCACACAGGACGAUGUGCGGCUUUCCAGGUCUCCACUUCAGAAGGUUUAACGUGGAAGGUUACGAAGAUUGUGAGGUGGGUUGGGGGCGAUGUUGGUGUGGACAUGUCGAUGAGCUGGAGCGCUUCCUUUUUAGGGUCGAUGAAGUCGAUGGGCCGUUGUGCUCGCGAUGGAGAAGUUGUAGAGGCAAAACGAGUAACUGCUUGUGUGGCGUUGAAAACUCUAGCAGCUUGAUCUGACAAACAC